AGCAAGCGGACUUCUAUGUUUUGCAUUUAGGACAAAUAAUUCAACAAAGUAAUACUCGUACAUUAUCUGCAAUAUGCAAAGCAUGAAGAACAACAGUUAAAAAUGACUUUGUGGCAACCCUAUCGAGCAGCUCUAAAUUUGGCCAAAACGCAAAGAGGCAUUAAAUACCUUCUAAGGAUUUUCGACCUUGAACCUAGGAAAAAUUUGGGAAUACUCAGUACACAUCGACGCCUACACACAAUGGGUUCCGUCAACUGCAAGGAGUACAAAACGACGGGUAGUACACCCAAAAAAGAAAAGUCCACAGGUGGUGCCGUGGGUUCCUACCAGUCCAAGUGCAGCACCCAGAGUCCUAGUACAACCAUGUCGACGGAAGCGUCUUCCCCGGAUUCAGAGUACACCAGUGCGGUCCGUGUGGACUGCAAUAUCGCGGAUCUGAAUGAGAACGAGAUGAAGCAGGUGGACUUCGAUGAAGAUACCCGUGUACUGUUGGUAAAGCAAAACGAUCGCCUAUUAGCGGUAGGAGCUAAGUGCACCCAUUAUGGAGCACCGCUCCAGACUGGAGCCUUGGGCUUGGGGCGCGUCCGUUGUCCCUGGCACGGCGCUUGCUUCAAUUUGGAAAACGGCGAUAUUGAGGAUUUCCCCGGACUCGAUUCGCUGCCGUGCUAUCGCGUGGAGGUGAGCAAUAAGGGACAGGUGAUGCUCCGAGCCAAGCGAUCGGAUCUGGCCAACACUAAGCGACUCAAGAAUAUGGUUCGACGUAAGCCCGAUGAUCAGCGAGUGUUUAUUGUGGUUGGCGGUGGUCCCUCAGGCGCUGUAGCCGUGGAAACCAUACGACAGGAGGGCUUUACAGGCCGCCUCAUCUUUGUUUGCCGAGAGGACUAUUUACCCUACGAUCGUGUCAAGAUCUCCAAAGCUAUGAAUCUAGAGAUUGAGCAGCUGCGAUUCCGCGACGAGGAGUUCUACAAGGAGUACGAUAUUGAGCUAUGGUUGGGAGUGGCAGCCGAAAAACUGGACACAGCCCAAAAAGAACUCCACUGCAGCAACGGUUAUGUGGUGAAAUACGACAAGAUCUACUUGGCCACAGGCUGCUCUGCCUUCCGCCCGCCCAUUCCAGGUGUCAACUUGGAGAACGUCCGCACCGUGCGUGAGUUGGCAGACACUAAAGCUAUAUUGGCAUCCAUUGCCCCCGAGUCCAACGUCGUUUGCCUCGGAUCUAGCUUCAUUGCUUUGGAGGCAGCUGCUGGUUUGGUAUCCAAAGUGCAAAGUGUCACGGUGGUAGGACGCGAGAAUGUUCCACUGAAGGCCGCUUUCGGUGCAGAAAUUGGUCAGAGGGUACUCCAGCUGUUUAAUGACAACAACGUAGUCAUGCGCAUGGAGAGCGGCAUCACAGAAAUCGUAGGUAAUGAAGAGGGCAAGGUAACCCAGGUAGUGCUAGUAGAUGGCACACGUCUGCCCUGCGAUCUACUUAUCUUGGGUACUGGCUCCAAACUCAACACCCAGUUCUUGGCCAAGUCGGGCGUGAAGGUCAAUCGCAAUGGCUCCGUAGACGUCACCGAUUUCCUGGAGUCCAACGUACCCGAUGUUUAUGUUGGCGGAGACAUAGCCAACGCACACAUCCACGGGCUAGCCCACGAUCGCGUGAACAUUGGUCAUUAUCAGUUGGCUCAAUAUCACGGACGAGUGGCGGCCAUCAACAUGUGUGGCGGCGUCAAGAAGCUGGAAGCCGUGCCCUUCUUCUUCACUCUGAUCUUCGGCAAGGGCAUUCGGUAUGCCGGCCAUGGGUCCUACAAGGAUGUUAUCAUCGACGGCAGCAUGGAAGACUUUAAGUUCGUUGCCUACUUUAUCAACGAAGCGGAUACGGUGACAGCAGUGGCUUCAUGCGGUCGGGAUCCGAUUGUGGCCCAGUUUGCCGAGCUUAUCUCGCAGGGCAAGUGCCUCGGACGUGGCCAGAUCGAAGACCCCGCCACCCGUGAGGACUGGACAAAGAAGCUUGGUGAGCCUCUGCCCCAAGUUCGCUGAAUAAUCAACUAUUGUGUAUUACCGCUGAGAUUUGUUAAAUUUUCAUGCAAUCGUUGAGUAUUUAUUAUAUGGUAUACUCGUAUGCAAAACACUUAAGAAGUGAAACUUUAUCUGUGUAUAUUUAUAAUUGUAGUUUGGGGGAACUUCCUUGAGUUCCUGCCACGAUUGCCACUUUUGGCACCCUGAGAUCAAAGAUGUACGCUUUUUAUUUCCUUGCCACACAAUGUAUUUUUUUGAGUCAUUUGGAUUAUUUUUGCUAAAUAAAAUGUUUUAACAAUGUCGUAA